AGUAAAGUUUGGCACCGCGGAGACUCGGAGAACAGCGCAAUGGCGAAAAGAAACGAUAUUCAUGUAAAACAAAACCGCAAUUAAUGGGAGCUGUUUGUAAACACGUGUUACUGGAGGUGUGAACGCGACGCUUGGACUUUUCCCCCCCUCUCUCUCUCUCUCUCUCCCCGAAGGUCGAACACUAGAGGAUGGUAGCUGGUGGAUAGCCAGGAGUCGCGGAUCAGAGGGGGUUUGUUGCCGCUAUAAGCCGCUUUGCCUCUCCAUCUUUCUCCAAACUCCUGUGGGCUCCUGGUGAACGCAGCAGAAAAAACAGCUUUUUUCAUCUAUUUUGUGAUUAAAGAUGAAGGUAACAGUCACUUUUGGCCGCACCGGUGUGGUGGUGCCCUGUAAGGAAGGCUGGACCGUCCGAGACCUUAUUCACCAAGCCACACAGAGAUACAGGAAACUGCUUGAGCAGGAGGGAGACUUCCUGGUGCGGACUCACCACGUCGAAUACUGUGACGGGGGAAUUUUGGAUCCUGAUGAUGUGCUUGCAGAUCUGGUAGAAGACAAGGACAAGCUGAUCGCAGUGUAUGAGGAGCAAGAGGCCCGUCAAAGGGGCGCGACAAGUCCCGGGAACAGCAGCAUCGGCGCUAUUAACAUCAACACAAACGGCGGAGGCGCUCCAGGACAGCCGAGCCCCGAGCCCUACGACGCCGAACUGGUCUGUUUCCAGCCAAUCCGGGGAGGCGAGAUCGAAGUCAACUCCUCCGCCCUGAAAGCCAGCACACCUCUCAUGGUGAGGAGCAGCAGUGACUCAGCUCUAAGCCCCUCGGGAGAGAACGGACCUGCACACAGUGAGACUGAUAUGGACCAACACUCAACAGACAUAUCCUGCAGCAAAACCUCUCCCUUCGCCCUAAGCCUAACAAAGACUGUGGAGAUUUCAGGAGAACACGGGCCUCUUGGGAUACACGUGGUGCCAUACUGCUCAUCUCUAGGUGGAAGGGCUCUGGGUCUGCAUAUUCGGAGCGUGGAGGAGAACAGUCGCUCCAAAAGAGAAGGCAUCUUCCAAGAUGAUGACUGCAUCGUUAAGAUCAACGACACCGACCUGAUGGACAAGUCUUUUUUACAGUCACAGGAAGUGUUUCGUCAGGCUAUGCGCUUGCCUUCUGUACGUUUAGAGGUUCUCCCCGUGGCCAAUAAAGAGCACUUUGAGAAAAGUCUGAUUGGCCAUAUUUUUAGCACCGACAGCCAUGAUGGUACUCCCCAGCCCAAAGAGCCUCCUCCUCCUCUGAAGGUGAAGCCCAUGGUGAGACCUGUGGAUUCCUCCACCGGCAGACAAGCAGGACCUCAGGAGAGCAGUAGCAUAAACAUGGACUGCCGUUCUCUCGAUUUCCCUCUUCCUGUCGGUCUUUACCCAAGAGGCAAGAGCAGCAGCCCAUUACUCAAAAAGAGCCACACCAUCUCACCUCUGGUUGGGUUAACCACCAAGAAAGCAGGCAAGAGGCUCAAAAUUGAUCUGAAGAAAGGGCCGGAGGGUUUGGGCUUCACCGUGGUAACCAGAGACUCGUCAGUGCAUGGGCUCGGUCCCAUCCUUGUCAAAAACAUCCUUCCUAGAGGAGCCGCUGUUAAGGACGGCCGCUUGCAGUCUGGAGAUAGAAUUGUAGAGGUAAAUGGUGUGGACAUCACAGGUCGGACUCAGGAGGAGCUAGUGGCCAUGCUGCGCAGAACAAAGCAGGGAGACAGUGUGUGUCUGGUGGUGGCGAGGCAGGAGGAGUUAUUCCUGCCCCGAGAGCUGAAAGAGGAACCAGUGCGUGCUGCUCUGCCUGAGGAAGGGAAGGAGCAGCUGAUUUUCGAGGUGCCUCUGAACGACUCAGGCUCAGCUGGCCUGGGUGUCAGUCUUAAAGGCAACAAGUCUCGUGAGACUGGUGAAGACCUGGGCAUCUUUAUCAAGUCCAUCAUCCACGGAGGAGCCGCAUAUAAGGACGGUCGCCUGCGUGUCAACGAUCAGUUGCUCGCCGUGAAUGGAGAGUCGCUCUUGGGAAAGUCCAACCACGAGGCCAUGGAGACUCUGCGCAGGUCCAUGUCCAUGGAAGGCAACCUCAGAGGCAUGAUCCAACUUGUUGUUCUCCGGGCUCUUGUGCCCUCCAACCAGGAAUACCCGGACUCCCGAAGAAUCCUCAAUCGAUCCUUUGAUAGCUGCGUGGGCCAGUCUGCUCUCCUCGGCCAAUCAGAAAGCCCUGUGCAGCCCCAUAUGGUGAUAAACAACAUCUUUGAGCGAUCUGUGGUUUCGAAUGGGGGUUAUGGUGAAGAGCUAGCAUUCAGUCCUUAUAGACAGAACGGAGACCUGACUGAAGGUUUGAACCAUCAGCCCUAUCAGAGUUUGGAGUGGGAAUCAGGGCCUCGCUCAGCUGAAAGCUCUCUGACCUCUCAGCCUCCUCAGGGUAUGAUCGAGCAUCAUCACAUUAAAGCGUCCAAAAGCAUGGACCUGGUUGCAGAUGAAAGCAAAGUAGGAUGUCUGGCGGGGCAAAAGUCAGCUUUCUCUGGCGCGGAGGUGGGUCCUACUCUAGGCCUGAAAAAGUCCAGUUCCCUAGAGAGUCUGCAGACGGCCGUGUCCGAGGCUCAGAAGAAUGACCUACUGCUCUUCCACAGACCUCGUGCUCAUAUGGGAAGGGGCCGCGGCUGCAACGAGAGCUUCCGUGCUGCCAUUGACAAAUCGUACGAUGGUCCGGCUGAGGAGGACGAUGAUGAGGGCUCAGAGGCGAGCUCGGGACGGGACACCCCAGCUAGCAGCUCCUCACGCCAAGGGCUGGGAGACAACGAUGACAAUAAGAAGGACAAGAAGAAGAAAGCGAAAGGAAAGAAGAAAGACAAGUCGAAGAGCAAAGGGAGGGACAAAGACAAAAAGAAAGCAGAUGAGGCCACGGAAGAUCCUGAUAAAAAGACGAAGAAGAAGGGAUUCGGACUGCUGAGGUUUGGAAAGAAGAAGGAAGAGAAGAGUAAAGGUGAGAACAAGGCAAGCACACCGAAGCAGGCAUCAGAAAUGCUGAGUGAGGAAGAGUUGGAGAGGAUGAAAGAAGAGAGGGAAAGGAUUGAAGCAAAGCACCAGGAGCUGAGAGACCGACAGGCUCGGGAUCGCUUUGUUUCUCCAGAUGUAGAGGAUGACGACGUGGACCCCAAUUACGCCCGGAUCACCCCCUUCAGAGGACGCCCGUCUCCGUCUCAGUCUCCAUACGGGACCCGUAGUCCGUCGCCUCAGAGAGCCACGCAGCUUACUAAUCACAGCCGAGAGCCGUCAACCGAGGAUCCGCUCGAUGGCCUUUACGCCAAGAUCAACAAACCGAAAGGCUCAACCGCACCGGGAGCUGACAGCAGUAUGGACCGUAUCCAACAGCUGCGCAGAGAGUACCAGCAGGCCCGGAGAGAGGGAGCUGCUCCAGCCUACGAAGAGUUGGAGGCUCGACGCCAGGGCCCCGAGUUUGAUCCGCACCGGAUUCCUCUCAGGAAUCCUGACCCCAGACUGGCUCCCCGCUAUGAAGACGUGGAACGCCAGUAUGCCUCCCUGCCCAGAAGGGGUCCAGUGGAUUCUACGGAGUACCCAGGACCGGCCUGGCCUGGGUUCAGAGACCCUGCACACUAUACAACCCCACAACCAGGCUAUCACCCCAACUACCCACAUCGCCCCCUGGACACUAGGCACAACGACCCAGGCUUUUACCACCCUCCACAGAGAGGCCCCCUGCGCCAGGACGUGCCCCCCUCACCUCCCGUACCCCUUCGAGGUUCUCGGUACGACACCAUAAACCGCGGAGGCUUCCGUCACACUAGUCCAGAGCGCUUUGCCUACACAGAUGGGCGCCAUCCUGAUCCGAGACAGAAGAACGCCAUGACUGCAGCAGUUUAAACACAUCAGUGAACUUGCUGCCUGGUACGCGACGUGAAGAAGCACACAUUUUGUUUGGCGUUUAUGCGCUUGACCUGUACUUCACUCUGACUGAUCCUGAGUGACUUCCUGCUCAAGGCCACAUCUUUAAAAAAAAAAAAAAAAAAGUGCUGAUAACACAUUCCUUUUUUCCUGCCAAGUGUGUAUUAAUGGAUUUACAUUCCAAAAGCUCCUGUCUUACUCCAAAAUCUGUGACUUGACCAGAAGGAAGGGUGGAUGCGUACGAGCAUACAUCAGAGUCGAGCAAGAUUCUCAUGGUACUCUACCGAAGUGCGCCGGGGCAUGUGUGCUUCUCCACAUGACCAAAAUGUAAUCCCAAUCUGCUUCGGUAUUCAUCCGCUCAAUCUAAAGAGUGUGCUGCGACUUCUUCCCAAUGUUUUGUGCUCAUGCUGUUAUAUUUGUCUUAACUCCAGAAGAUGAUUGUUUCAUUGUUCAUCCUAAUGCACAUUAUUCAGUAACUAAAAUGAAAUAUAGAAGGGAAUAUAAAUAUAAACAUGAAGAAUGUACAGUAAGUCUGGAUUCUGGGAUUUUUAAGGGUUGAAGCACGUACACAUUAGUGCACUCCUACAGUCCUGUCGUAUCGAACCAGUCUAUAUUAACUGUCGCUUUGUGGCACUCUACCUUUACUCUUUAAAUCAUUUUCUUUUUGCAUGCUGCCGUUAUAAAGCCACUCUGCAACAUUUACAUUAAAACAUUUAGUGUUAUUCCUAACCACACUGUUCAUACACAGACAUUAAAACAGAAACCUGCAAAUAACAUCAUUUACAGUCUGAAAUGACACCCAAAAAGAGCUUUUAUAAAUCUUAAAAGGCCUUUUAGGGUUUUUCACAUUUUACUAGUGAAGGUACUUUUUUCUAUCUCCUUCUGACUUUUGAUGAGUUUGUAUUUUAUGUUAGCUCAAGUGAAGGCUUAUAACAAAAAAAUGGGAUGAUUAAGAAAGUAAAUGUGUUUAUUAAAAGAGAAAAAACACAACGAAAGGCUGUAAAGGAUGAUGGAGUUGUUUUCUCACACACUCUUCUCUCAGCGAGUGGCAGCUUUCCAUUAUUAUUAUUAUUAUUAUUAUUAUUUUGCAUCCUAGUCAUACUCAUAGUACCUAAAUCUUUCACAAGUGGUGUUACUUUACACUCGUACUAGUCGCACACAUUGAAUGUA